AUCCUUUCCCGCCAAAGGGCAACACUUUCCCCUACCUUCAUCACACCCGCUGUCGGGGAUAGUUCUGCCAUCGUCAAUCGCCGCGAUUCCUGCAAUCGCCCGCCAUGGCGGACAUCAAAAUCGACAGCAAGACCUUCCAGGAGCGCCUGUCGCACUUCAUCACCGCAUGGAAGUCCGACAAGCGGUCCGGCGACGCGCUCUUCGCCGGCGCCUCCUCCAUCGUCAUCUUGAUGGGCAAGGUUGACGAGGAGCCCGAGUAUCACAAGAACAACGCCAUGCACUUUUGGCUGCUUGGCUACGAGUUCCCCACGACGCUGAUGCUUUUCACUCUCGACACCUUGUACAUCCUCACGACCCAGAAGAAAGCCAAGUAUCUCGACCAGAUCAAGGGCGGCCGGUUCCCGGUCGAAGUUCUCGUGCGAGGCAAAGAUGCCGCCGAGAACGAGAAGCUCUUCACCAAAAUCACAGAUGCGAUCAAGGCAGCAGGCAAAAAAGUCGGGGUGCUUACAAAGGACACCUCUAAAGGCCCGUUCGUCGACGAGUGGAAGAAGGUGUUCACCGAGAACUGCAAGGAUAUCGAGCAGGUCGAUAUCGCACAGGCUCUAUCCGCUGGUGCCUUUUCGGUCAAGGACGAGACAGAACUGCGCGCCAUGCGGACCUCGUCCAAGGCCUGCGUCGCCCUCCUGACUCCCUACUUCCUCGACGAGAUGUCGAGCAUCCUCGACCAGGACAAGAAGAUCAAGCACAGCGCGCUCGCCGACAAGGUCUUCGGCAAGAUCGAGGACACCAACUUCUGGAAGACGGUCGAGCUUCCCAAUCGCCAGAAGAUGCCCGCAGACUUCGACCCCGAGCAGCUCGACUGGAUCCUGGGGCCGAUGGUGCAGAGCGGCGGCAAGUUUGACCUCAAGUGGCAAACUGAUUCGGAUGACCAACCGCUCCACCCGGGCGUUAUCAUCGCGGCCAUGGGUCUCAGAUACAAGUCGUAUUGCUCUCAGAUUGCCCGGACGUUCAUGGUUGACCCCAACAAGUCCCAGGAGAGCAACUACAGGUUCUUGCUUGCGGUCCACAACCUCAUCCUGAAGGAGAUACGGGACGGUGUCGUCGUCAAAGACGUCUACAACAAGGCUUACAACCUGAUCAAGUCCAAGAAACCCGAGCUCGAGAAGCAUUUCCUGAAGAACGUCGGCUACGGCAUCGGUCUGGAGAACAAGGACCCCACUCUCGUUCUCAACGGCAAGAACACCCGGACUCUGCGCGACGGCAUGACGCUCUGCAUCACCACCGGGUUCAGCGACAUCCAAAACCCCGAGCCCCAGGACAAGAACAGCAAGGUUUAUUCCCUCGUCCUCACCGACACGAUCCGCGUGACGCAGAAAGAAGUGGUUGUGUUUACGGGCGAGGCGCCGACUGACGCGGACGCCACGUCUUUCUUCUUCAAGGAUGAAGAGGAAACCCAGCCGACGCCAAAGAAGGAGAAGAAAGAUCCGCGGGUGGGUGCGGUUGCGACCAAGAACAUAACCAGCACACGGCUGCGCUCGGAACGGAACACGGCACCCGACGAGGAUGCCGAAAAGAGGCGGCGCGCACACCAAAAGGAGCUCGCCGCCAAGAAGCAAAAGGAGGGCCUGAUCAAGUACGCCGAUGCUACCGCUGGCAAGAACGGCGUCGAGGUCAAGAAGUUCAAGCGCUUCGAGUCGUACAAGCGUGACAAUCAGUUCCCGCCCAAGGUUCGGGAUAUGGGUAUCGUCAUUGACCAGAAGAACGCAACCAUCGUGCUUCCCGUCAUGGGACGGCCUGUUCCCUUCCACAUCAACACGAUCAAGAACGCCAGCAAGAGUGACGAGGGUGACUGGUCGUUCCUGCGCAUUAACUUUCUCUCUCCCGGCCAGGGCGUCGGCCGCAAGGAUGAGCAACCCUUCGAGGACGCAUCAGCCCACUUCGUCAGGAGUCUGACUUUCCGGUCGACUGACAGCGAUCGGUAUGAGGAUAUUGCAAACCAGAUUUCGAACCUCAAGCGCGAGGCGGUCAAGAAGGAGCAGGAGAAAAAAGACAUGGAGGAUGUCGUGGAACAAGACAAGCUGAUCGAGAUUCGGAAUCGACGCCCGGCUGUGCUGGACAAUGUGUUCAUUCGGCCGGCCAUGGAAGGCAAGCGGGUGCCAGGCAAAGUCGAGAUCCACCAGAACGGUAUCCGGUACCAAUCGCCUCUGAGCACGACUCAGCGGGUCGAUGUCCUCUUUUCCAACGUCCGCCACCUCUUCUUCCAGCCGUGCCAGAACGAGCUGAUUGUCAUCAUCCACCUCCACCUCAAGGACCCCAUCCUCUUUGGCAAGAAGAAGACCAAGGAUGUCCAGUUCUACAGGGAGGCGACCGACAUUCAGUUCGACGAGACUGGCAACCGGAAGCGCAAGUACCGGUACGGGGACGAGGACGAAUUUGAGGCGGAGCAGGAAGAGCGCCGCCGCCGUGCGGAGCUCGACCGGCUGUUCAAGAGCUUCGCCGAGAAGAUUGCCGAAGCGGGCCGGAACGAAGGCAUCGAGGUGGAUAUGCCGCUCCGUGAUCUCGGCUUCAACGGCGUGCCGAACCGGAGCAACGUCUACAUCCAACCGACGACCGAGUGCCUGAUCCAGAUCACCGAGCCGCCCUUCUUGGUGAUCACGCUCGAGGACAUUGAGAUCGCCCACCUGGAGCGGGUGCAGUUUGGGCUCAAGAACUUUGAUCUCGUCUUUGUGUUCAAGGACUUCAGCCGCCCGCCGGCGCACAUCAACACGAUCCCGGUCGAGUCGCUCGAGGACGUGAAGGAGUUCCUCGACUCGUCCGACAUCGCCUACUCGGAGGGACCGCUCAACCUCAACUGGUCCGUCAUCAUGAAGACGGUCACGGCCAACCCGCACCAGUUCUUCCUCGACGGCGGCUGGGGUUUCCUGCAGAACGACUCGGACGACUCGGACGGGUCGGAGGAGGAGGAGGAGGAGAGCAUGUUCGAGAUCAGCGAGAGCGAGCUCGCGGAGGCGUCUGAGUCGAGCGAGGAGGACUCAGACUACGACUCGAACGCGUCGGACGAUGCCAGCGAGGACGCGGAGGUGAGCGAGGAGGAGGAAGGCGAGGACUGGGACGAACUGGAGCGGAAGGCCAAAAAGAGGGACCGCGAGAGUGGGUUGGACGACGAAGACCGCGGGAGCAAGAAGCAGCGGAAGAGAUAAAUCCGUCUCUUGCUGAUGGAGAAGUAAGUGGGAUGGGAAUUUGUGGGGCGGUGGGAUAUCCCGGGGUUUGGGAUGCCAUUCAGUCGCUUCCUUGAGUCUAUGCUUCUAUGCUUCUUGGGUUGGGCCGGUCGGUACUGGGAGUCACUUCUCUGUUUUAUUUUUCCUAUUGCUGGUUAAGAUGUGUACAUCUACA